AUGGACUUUGUUAGUGGGUUACCCACCACACCUACUAAGAAAGAUUCUGUAUGGGUCAUCGUGGACCGAUUGACCAAGUCCGCCCACUUCAUACAGGUCUCGCCGUGGAAGAAGGUACUGAGAUUUGGUUGCAAGGGCAAGUUGAGCCCUAGAUUUAUUAGACCUUACUGUGUUCUUAAGCAAGUGGGACCAAUUACUUACCAGUUGGAGUUACCUUUGGAAUUUGAUCAGAUUCAUGAUGUAUUCCACGUCUCAAUGUUGAGGCGCUAUCGCUCUAAUCCCACGCAUAUUGUUCCUAUUGAGGUGAUCGAUGUUAGGCUAGAUCUGACCUUUAAGGAAGAGCUAGUUCAGAUAUUGGAGUGA